AUGGUAUGGAAGAAUGUUAAGAACUUAAAAAGAAAGUGGAUGAAAAAAUUCUCAAUAUUAAGGAAGAGAUGCUAAAAGUAUUGGAAAAUUAGCAAAAGCAGAUAUAUGGUUUCAUAAAUAAGUAAUCCAUGUAGUAAAAACCAAUUAGGAUAAAGAUACUAAUAAAUGCAAGACUCAAAUCCUUCACUUGAUAUACUAAUCUAUUAUGCUACAUUUUCAAAUAAAAAAUUAUAGAAAAAUCUAAGUUUGACAAUACUAUUGAUGAAGAAAAUAAUUAGUGAUAUUAUUGAUGACUUUAAUGAGAAAGUUAUUGAAUAUCUUGUGAUUCCUGAUAUUAAUGACGAUAGUAAAGCUACUCAUAAUGAACAUUCUCAAGCUGACAGAGUAGAGGAAUAUAACAAUUUAAAAUAACAAUAAAAAAUGAAAUAAAAGGUGUAAUAAAAUGAAAUAAUGAAUGUUAAUUAAAGCGCUCAAAAAUUGGUAGAUAAUUUAAUACAACAGUUAAAAGUUGAGCAAAAAGAACAAUACUUGAAAUAUGUUGUAACAAUCAAACANGGAAAAUAUUGGUUCAAUAAAUAAAAUAUCUGA